UCGGUCUGUUCGUUUUUGUAGUUAACAAAUCGCAGCUUGCUUCUGUGAUUUUCCGGCAAACAACUUUCUUUCUCUCAUCAUCGCUCGACUAGAACGGAAGCGUUGAAAAAGAUUUUGAGAAAUGUCUCAUCGUAAAUUCUCUGCGCCUCGCCAUGGCUCUAUGUCAUUCAACCCUAAAAAGCGCUCACGCCGUCAUCGUGGUAAGGUUAAGGCCUUCCCCAAGGAUGAUCCCAGCAAGCCAGUUCAUCUAACGUGCUUCAUUGGGUACAAAGCUGGCAUGACUCAUAUCGUGCGUGAGGCUGAUCGUCCUGGAUCUAAGAUCAACAAGAAGGAGGUCGUUGAAGCAGUAACCGUUUUGGAAACUCCACCAAUGAUUGUUGUUGGUGCUGUAGGUUACAUUGAAACCCCGUAUGGUCUUCGAGCUCUCGUUAACGUAUGGGCACAGCAUUUGUCUGAAGAGUGCCGUCGCCGCUUCUACAAGAACUGGUACAAGUCCAAGAAGAAGGCUUUCACCAAGGCCAGCAAGAAGUGGGAAGUUGACUUGGGCAAGAAGAGCAUUGAGAAUGACUUCCGCAAGAUGCUGCGUUACUGCAAGGUGAUCCGCGUCAUUGCUCACUCGCAGAUUCGCUUGAUCAAGCAACGUCAAAAGAAGGCCCACAUUAUGGAAAUCCAAUUGAACGGUGGUUCUAUCGAGGAUAAGGUCAAAUGGGUGCGUGAAAACUUGGAGAAACCCGUGCAGGUCAGCAAUGUCUUCGGACAGGAUGAGAUGAUUGACUGCGUUGGUGUUACCAAGGGUAAAGGUUUCAAGGGCGUCACUGCUCGUUGGCAUACAAAGAAAUUACCACGUAAGACGCACAAGGGUCUGCGCAAGGUUGCCUGUAUUGGCGCUUGGCAUCCAUCUCGUGUGUCAUUCACCGUGGCUCGUGCCGGUCAAAAGGGUUACCAUCACCGUACCGAAAUCAACAAGAAGAUCUAUCGCAUCGGUGCCGGAAUCCAUACCAAGGACGGCAAGGUCAUCAAGAACAACGCCUCCACUGAGUACGAUUUAACCGAUAAGAGCAUCACCCCUAUGGGUGGUUUCCCCCACUAUGGUGAAGUCACCAAUGACUUCGUCAUGCUGAAGGGUUGCUGCAUUGGCUCCAAGAAGCGUGUGCUUACACUACGCAAGUCGUUAUUGAAGCAUACCAAGCGCUCUGCUCUAGAACAAAUCAAACUCAAAUUCAUCGACACAUCGUCGAAAAUGGGUCAUGGUCGUUUCCAGACUCCGGCCGACAAAUUGGCAUUCAUGGGUCCACUCAAGAAGGAUCGCAUCAAGGAGGAGGCUGCUGCUGCCGCUGGUGCUGCCACCACAUCAGUCACUGCUUAAGUUGUGAAUUUGUAUUU